AUGAUCGCUCGCGCACUCAUCCCCCUCUCCUUCGUGGCUGCGGUCCUCGCCGUCCCCACCGUGCUCUCCCUCCGCGAGGACGCGCCCACUGAUUCGGACCUCCUCGCGUCCUGCCCCGGCGGCCCCGGCUCCUCCAACAUCGAGCGCGCCGACCGCUGCACCCUGAUCAACAUCGUCAACAACCCCGACACCCGCAUUUACAAAGCGCUCGGCGACCCCCAGCUCAACUGCGGCGGCGGGACCGACGAUGUCACUGUCACCCUCGGCGGCGAGACCUCGGUCUCGCAGACGGUCAGCGUCUCCGCCAACCUCGGCUUCAACAUCGAGGGCAUCUCCGUCGGCGGCGGCCUCGAGACCUCCGACACCUCGACCCAGACGCAGUCCAAGAGCCACCACUCCCAGUCGGGCCAAGUCCAGGUCAACUACCCCGACCGCCAGUUCGACCACUUCAUCUGGUUCACGGGCACGUCGAUCACGCAGCUCACGCCGACGGACGACGUCGUGUUCGACGUCUACGAGAGCGCGUGCGGCACGGACCCGAACGACUUCUCGAGCCUGCACUGA